AUCGAUCAUGUCACCACGAGCGUUCAGGCCGUUGCUGGCAGCCAUCCUGUGCGCCGUAUCAGCAGCUCAAUCAUGGCCCAACGGACCCUUUGUCACCGAGGGCUCCUCAAUUCUCGAUGCGAGCGGUAAUCGGGUCACGUAUGCAGGUGUGAACUGGCCUGGAGCCGGGGAGACCAUGGUACCAGAGGGCUUGCAGUACCAAUCGAUCGAGACCAUUGUGUCCAAGAUCAAAAGCUUGGGCAUGAACUCGAUACGGCUGACCUAUGCUACCGAGCUGGUCGAUCAGAUCUACAUGAACAACAUGACCGACGUCCCGAUCUCGCAGUCAUUCAUCAGCGCGUUGGGUCAGGACAACGGUACUCAUAUACUCAACCAAGUGGUCGCCAACAAUCCCUCAUUCACCUCGAAUACGACAAGGCUCCAGGUCUACGACGCCAUCGCAGAGGAAUGUGCUCGUCAGAAUAUUUACGUCCAUCUGGACAACCACAUCUCUCAAGCGUCUUGGUGCUGUUCUCCAUGGGAUGGAAAUGCUUGGUGGGGCGAUACACAUUUCUCUCCUGCAAAUUGGACGCGAGGUCUUGCCUUCAUGGCUGAACACGGCAGGAACUGGACGAAUCUGAUGUCCAUGUCUCUCUACAACGAGCUGCGCCCACCAUUCUCCAUGCCCCAGCCACCAACUCUCCUCAACUACACGUGGGAAGUCUGGUAUGACCAGGUAAAGAAGGGCUCAAAAACCGUCAACUCUGCUAAUCCAGAUGUGCUCAUUUUCCUAUCGGGAAUCAAUGGAGACGUCGACCUCUCCACUAUCGUGAACGGCGAAGUCCUCGAGCCAAGCAACCGGACGUUCAGCAGGUCCGAUUUCGCCGGGUACGAUGACAAGCUGGUCCUAGAGCUGCACAGCUACAACAUUGUCUUUAGCGUGGACAACUGUCCGCUCUACAACGAGAACCUCUUCGACGCCGGAUACUCAGCGGUAAGAGAUAACGCGACCAACAGGUUCCCCGUCAUGAUGACAGAAUUCGGCUUCCCCAACGAUGCCACGACCUGGAAGAACGACACGUAUGCCCAGUGCGUGCAGGCGUUCCUCAGGGAUCAGGUGCCGGACCAGGGCUGGAUGAUCUGGGCGAUAUCAGGCAGCUACUACGUCCGCCAAGGCAAGCAGGACUACAACGAGACUUGGGGCUUGUUGAAUCACGACUGGUCCGACUGGAGGUCUCCAGAGUUCAUCAACGGCGGCCUGAGGCCCCUGAUCGCGACCACGCUAUCGGCUGUCAAUGCUUCGGCGCCUUCCGAUGGGACGAACGGCUCGGCAAGCACCCCGGGCUCUGAGUCAGCGCCAUUGGCCAGUCGGAUGGGCAUUUUGCAGGCUGUCAUCUUGACGAUGUUGGGGGUUUGCAUGGCCGGAAGUUUAUUUUGAGUCUAUUUGAGGUGCUGCCCUCCAACGAAAUGGAUGGUUGGACAUGCACGACUCGCACGUCUGGGUACCGGAAGGGGCAUCCUGGUAAUUGGUGAGCUGCUCCGAUGCUGCUUCAUCGUUGCAUUGUUGCUCAAUUUCUUUCUUGGUCGGUUAUCACGUGUAUUAUACCCAAGACCUCGAGGUAGAGUUUAGAGUUUACUGCUGGGCGGAUAUGUGAGCUCCAGCAAUGAUGAAUUACCAACACUAGAAA